GAUGAUAAACUUAAAAUCCUCAAACGUUCCUCUCGAUUGAUUCACUACUGCGCAUGCCCGUUGCUAUUCCAUCCUGAUUGGAGGAAAAAAUUACAGAACAAAUCGAACCAAGAAUCGACUGAAGAACCAAGUCUAGAAGCAGAGCAGGAUUCUAUAACAGACGAACCCGAAGAAAGCUGGCACAAAGAUCUUCGCUCUGCGUUUAUGCAACAGUAUAUCCAGUUUAUGCAGUCCUUGCAGUUCGUUGUGGUGCAGACUAGGCCUCAGUCACCUAAACCUGCCAAAGGUUUUAGUUCCAAGAAGCUUUCUCGUCGUGCUGGUCAUUCUAAAACCAAGAACAACGCACCAGCUGAUUACAAGAAGCAGCCCCUGUCUCGCACCAGCUCCGACAACCAUCGUGUUUUUCAUCAAUUCCUACAGAAAACUUCGUUUGGUGGAAUUAUGCUGAUGGAACUGCUCUUUCAGGGCUUGUACUUCUAUGUUCGUCUGUAUUCCAUCGACUGUUCUCGCAUCCCAUCAGGAAAGAACGUCGGUCCUCACAUUAUCCGUAUAUUCCAUGAGGAUUGCUCUCAUUACAAAGACUACGUCCAUUUAUUAUCGUUUAACUAUGACUUCCACCUUCGUCAAGCCCAGUCAUACCUGAGUGGACUGCAGAUGAUCUUUCACGAGGGCUACAGAAUCAUGGAUCUCCUUGCUGAAAUUCUCCGAAGACACCCUGAUUAUCCAGGGUUUGCAAGAAACCAUAUAUGCAAAGGUGAAAUCGCUGUGCCCUGUGAACCGAUCAUCACUUCAACCAACGUCUUCAAGUACAUCGUCAAACAUUCUACAGAAUACGACUUCAGCACGAUCAAAAUCAACACAGUGGUCCCAGGGGAAGUAAGCUCCAUUCUUCUAGGAUCAGACCAGAUCCUCACAUCAAGCCGUCACGCUGACAACACUCUAUAUACCCAUCUACGGGAUAAUAAAGAAUAUGAUAUAACAUUAGCUGUCACUCUCAAGAACUCCUUCGAAAGCAGUGUCAUUAAUAUGGAGUACUAUAUUCUAAUGACCAGUCGAAGAGAGCUGUUUCCAAAGCUGUCACUCAGUCAUGUGGCAACUGCUACACAGGUGGAGGAGACAGGCAAUCUUCAGCACAAAGGUUCGCGCGUAAGAUUUGCUCAAAAUGUCUCAACUGCACCAAACAAGAAUGUAAAACGCUCACCAGAACGUAAAGGCAAACCACUUUUAACAGAAGCUGAGAUUCAGUCGUUCCACCGGUCAGCGUCCUCUCCCCACUCUCUUAACAAGAUGGUACUAGAAAUCGCCAAUUCUUCCAUGUUCCAGUCUCACUCAGAGGAAAAUAUCGCCAAAAAGAGCUUGUCUGCCAGACCUCAUUUGUACUCGUCUGGUGCAAUAAGCAGCCUUGAUGGAAGAACAACUCGGGAAAUAGCUCUUCUCAACGAGUCAUCACAAAAAGCGCAUGAUCUUCUACUACAUGUAGUAUGUCAAGCCCAGACCCACUGUAAGCGCGACCUACUUUGGUACAGGCUGCUAAGUGGAGGGACUGGGGAAGAUGAUAAAGAAAGGAAGAAGACCAGAGAGAAGAGUGAGCAUAGAAAGCCAAUACCUGACCUGGCGGAGCAGUGGAGCUCUAGGGUUGACGUUGAGGAGUUUCAAACAGAGGGAUCAACAUCACGUCGUCUGACUAUCGACGAGUUCAAACAUCUACUUUCUAUCGUGAUUUGUAAGUCACUAAACCAAUGUGACUACGAGCUCGUUCCUUUGCUUUCGAUGAAUGUCGUCUGGUAUCUCAACCUUUUUAGGGUUUUGAUAGCGAAGUUCUCUUAUCUUCAUCGUUUGUUCUCUGAUGAUGACGGUCUUCACUAUCUUGUCUUACUCAAUCCAAACGACCUUGACAUGUUCAUACUCGUAUUUGUCGAUGAGAGCACCAGUAAAACGGAUAUCCAAAUAGUUUUCCGUAGCGACGUCGGUAGUGACAAGAACGAUGAGUUACGUCACCUGCAAAAACCAAUCAGAGAUCACAUCUACAGUGUUCUAAAUGCUGUUUGCUUCCACAUGUGGGGUUCUUUGCUACCUCAAUAGAACACUACAUCAUCGGUUACCUAGCAACCUGUAACCAUAGUGACGACGACGAAGAAGUCCGAUGCCUGCAUAAAUAAAUACACAUCCUUUCCAUCUUGUGCCUAAUGUUUUUCCCAUUUCAGACCACGUAUCCUUUCCUUUGAGAAUAAGUCAUUUUGUGACUCAUGAAUAUUAUAAAUACUAGUAAUGAAAAAUAAUGAUCAAGGACACAUGGUAGGAAAAGGGAAAAAUACGGUACGUUUAUACGAUUAACGUAGGCAUUAAUGCUGUUACAAUGUGUUGCCUAGCAACAAGUAUAAUUGCCUUAGCAACCAUGAGAACUGAAUUUUAUAGCCAAUUGACUCCUUAAUUUUUGAGAGAUAAUUUCAAAGAAAUAUUGCAAUAUAUGAAUAACAAAUGCAUAACAGAUUUGAUGAUAAACUAGUAAAAAUCAGAGCGCAAAAAAUAAAUUCAAUAGUUCAAGAGAUUGAAGGUUAAGUAAAACAAUGAAAUUCGUAAAUUUGAAAAAUUGCACAUAGAAUGGAAUGUAAAGGCUAGCUUGUUGACACGAUUCUCUGUACAUUGUUGGAUUCAUUGUUACAACCCCACUCCUAAUGGCCUUCUGUUUUACAGAAAUAACUGUGGCCAGUUGUCACAACUAUCUAAAAUUGAUAAAUGAAUCGCAAUCAUC